CGACAGGUGCAAGGACUCUUGACUUCAACCAAGAUUCUCUAGUCUCACUCUUUCUCCGCGCCCAUCUUGAACGGCGUCCCCGAGCAACAAUUCUUGCUGCGCUUCCCUCACAUGAUCUAACACCUACCGCAAGCUGAGAUUACAGGGGAAGAACAAGUUCGACCUCGUCUUCGCCAGCUCAUGAGAGGCCGACUUUGUCUUGCACUGGUAGCAGCUCGCGGUAGUCUUGCUCGUCGCUCGCCCUUCCACCGCAGCCUUGCAUGCGAGCAAGUUGUGACCUGCACAGGACCUCUCGCCUAUCGCUCUUCGACUACACAAUCCCUCAGCUUUGCUGGCGCGCCGCUUACACGCCCCUUCUCUAAUCUGGCUGAGGCAGACGUGGCCAGUCAACCCCCCGCUAAAUCGGCAGUCAUGCUGUCGACGCUCAGAAUCGUCUUCCCGCCCAGCUCGGACAAUCAGACGCUCUUGCCUUUCGUCACAUUGCUGGUAGAUGGGCAAAGGUACAUCUUCAACGUGCCUGAAGGAAGUACGAGGAUUGGUUUGCAGAGGGGAGCAAGGAUUGCGAGGACGGAGCACGUGUUCGUGAACAGCGUUGGCACCGAGAAUGCUGGUCUUGCGGGCAUGAUCAUGAGUCUUGCAGACUCUGGCAUCUCUCAUUUGACCCUGCACGGUCCCAGUGCGCUAUCGCAUCUGGUCUGCACGUUCCGCACAUAUGCUCGACGUGAGUCGCUGCUACUCCGCAUCAAUGAUGGCAGUCCCAACAAGAGCGAAGCGGAAGAGGCGAGUGGGAGCGGUAAUCGCGGCAAGUCGAGGGAUUCGAGAGCAGUGAAUAUCGUUUCGAAAGACGACAAGUUGGCGCCGCCUCCUUUCUUCAAGGAUCAAUGGGUCACUGUACAUGGUGUUGCUCUCCGCCAUGCGGAAGCCAUGCCUGUCUACGAGGAAAGGAGCGAGCAUACAAAUAGCGAAUCAGGCCGCAGAGGGCCGCCGCAAGACGGACCAGCGAAUAAGCGCAGAAGGACAGAGUCCCACUGGCAAGGUAAUGAGCCUGAGCAAGAGACUGCCAAAUGGAUUGCCCAGAAUCUUUUCCCUGGCAUAAAGCUGCUCCAGGCCGGUGGCGUGGUCCGAAGGCCGCCUCUCAAGCCUCUGCCUCGUCUCGCCGGGAAAGACUUCGGGGUGAGACAUGCUCAAGAAGCUUCACCCUCAACCGUCAUGUGUUGGAUCGUAGAGCAUCCAGCGCAGCGUGGCAAAUUCAACGCAGACGCAGCCGAAGAGCUCGGAAUACCAGACGGACCGCCUCGCAGCAAGCUGCUCAAAGAAGGCAGCGUGACCUUUCAAAGACCUACCAAAUGGCCUGAUAUGGAUGCAGACGCCAGGAAUAAGUGGGUCUUCAGACACAAGAAUCUGCACGAUGCGAUGAAUAAAGCAUCAAGGAUCUUCAAGGGCAGAAAGAACAAGCAGUCUAAAGAAAUGCAGGCGGCUAAGGAGGCUAACGAGGAGAUGGACGCUUGGGAAACGGAAACAAUCACCAUACAGUCUUCUCAAGUAGUGGGCGAAACCAGGAAGGGUUCUAGCUUCGUGCAAAUUUAUUGCCCUUCGCUGGCAUUCCUACCUUCUCUCCUUUCGCCAGACUCCCAGGCAAAAUUUGAACGGUAUUUCUACCGCGCGCAAGAAAGCUCGCAAGACAAUGACAGGCUCGUGUCUCCCCCACACGUCGUCAUUCACGCCGUACCCGACGCUGUGCUGACAGAUCCACGCUACCAGGAUUUUGUGGCGCAUUUCGGACCCGGGGUAAACCAUAUCAUCUCCAACGGACAAUACGCAACCGACACGCACGCGUUCUCGUCCUCUGCCCUGUCCCAGCUCAGGCUCUCUCGACUUGAUGGAAAGACUUUCAAGCCGACUCCCUACGCUGUCGCUCCUACCAAGCACGUCGCCCCCGAUUUGAAGCAAAAGUUGCUGGGCAGCAGCGCUUCGACGGACCAUGUCAAGGGUAGCGUUCGAGCUCUCGAUCAAGACACUCAAAUUACCAUUCAACCUGUUGGUCCUUUUUCCAAAUUUCCCUCCCACGCACCUGCCAUUCACGCACCCCUGCAGCACCAAGAGACCCUCGACUUGGUCUCCUUCAAGCGGCAACCGAAGCAUGCGCGGGAGUUGGGCAAUGAUGUGCGAGCCAAGCUCAAAGACAUGUGGCACAGAUUUGGAAACCUGUCAGAUGAGAUUCAAAAGGCAAUCAAGGUGGAAGAGGAAGCACGAAGGCAGAGUGGAGAGAAAGAGAGCGAAUUGAUUCUGACUUCGCUGGGUACGGGCAGUGCCGCGCCCUCGAAAUACAGAAAUGUCACUGCCACGCUAGUCCACAUUCCUCGCAAAGACGAUGGGGGAGAAUUAAGUGUCAAGCAUCAUUACGUGCUCUUAGACUGCGGUGAAGCUACUCUAGGACAGCUUUGCAGGCGAUUCGGGAGGACUGGCUGGGCUUCUUUGAGCGGUGAUAACGCUCGUUACGAAGGACUUAGCGACGACCUUGGCUCAGACGAUCCGGAUGGCGGAGUAGAGGAGAUUUUGCAAAACCUCAAGUUGGUGUUCUUGAGCCACAUUCACGGAGACCAUCACAUGGGCAUUGCGAGACUUUUGGUCGAGAGAGCGAAACUACACCCGACCACACCAUUGUAUAUCAUUUGCAGUCGUUUCAUCUCUCAGUACCUCACCGAGCUGGACGCCAUCACUCCACUAGGACUGGCUCCUCCCGGCAUCCCGCCUUCAGCCGCACAACGACAAGGAGGCGUCAUUUUCCUAGACGCUGAGUCUUUCGACUUUGAAACGGGAGUCGAUGUAGCUGUCGACCUUGCUCAAGCACAAGCCUCGGGCACGGAUCUGCUCACUUAUGAGUGCAGAGCGCAGGACGAGCUCUUGAGAAAUAGCCUUGCCAAGCAAGCUGAAGAGAGAGCUGCUGAACAUGCGGCAAAGGGAGAAGGAAAAGACCCCAAGUUUUCCAGCGAUCCUCAGGAAGUUCUCACUAAAAUGUUCAGAAGUCGACUGCCAGCUAGACACCACGCUAGAUCACACUUGGCAUUCUUGAAGCGAUCGCUAGGCUUUGCGGAAAGCGGCAGAAUACAUACAGUGGAGGUCGAUCAUCGUGUUGCGCACUGCACUGGCAUCAUCUUGCGGUCAGCUACCGACAGCAUUCGCGAUCACGCAACGGAGACCCCAUCCGGCACCUCCGAUCCGUGGAGCUUGGCCUACUCCGGUGACACUCGCCCGUGCACAGCGCUGGCGAGAGCAGGCAAAGGAGUCGAGGUGCUCAUUCAUGAAGCAUCGCUGGACGACAGUCAGCCUGAGAUGGCUUGGCAGAAAGGCCACUCUACCUUUGGACAGGCCAUAGCUGUGGGCAAGGCGAUGCACGCCAAGCGGAUCUAUUUGACGCACUUUAGCCAGAGAUAUCCCAAACUGCCCAAAAUUACCGCUUCGAAUCACUACAACACCGCUUCUGCAGAGGGACUGCAGGAGCCUUUGGGAGAUGUCUCGGGGGUCGAGCCCAUCGCAGCCAACAGUACAGCCACGGCAGCUACCGUGCCCAUCGCCAUCGCUUUCGAUCUCGUCUCGGUGCCACUGAAGGAGAUGUGGAAAUACACGCAUUACAUACCCGCUUUGGAGUUGCUGUUCAACGCGGUCAAGGACGAAGAUGCGCCGGAAGAAGGGGCGGAAGAAGCAAACACCUUGGACGGCGGUGCGGAUCCGGCUCCUAAUGGCGACCGUGCCGGAUCGUCUGCGAGCGGAGCGCUACAGUUCUCUCAGAAGAUGCUCGAGGAGCUGGCGGAUGUUGCAAUGAAUGGAUCCGCUCCUCGCAAGGCGUUGGGCCCUGAAAAGACGACAAGCAAAGCUGCAGUAGAGAAAGAGAACGGGCAGGGCCGAUCUGGUGCUUCUGCUAGCAGUUUCAAUGUCGAACAGGCCGAUAGCGUUCAAGAGGCUUUGACAGAGAGCAAGGAGACUGCUGAAAACCAAGCGCAGGCGGAGGAGGCGGAGAUGAACGCUCCAUCGAGUGAGUCAGCGAUGAAGACUGACUGAUGUCAAAUACACUAGGACAGAGAGCACUGUCCGAGGAAUUGAUAUGCUUUCGACUCGACGGAUAGUUGACCGCCUGCCUCCUGUGUGCGGCUUGUUGCAGGUGGCCAGGAAGUAAGAGAUGCAAACAGAAAGAGAGUGUCUGGUCAAUCUCAUCGCCACGAGAGACACAAUGUCAAAGGCGGAGAGUACUCUUACGUCAUUCUGAAGCUCUCACCGAUUAGCAGACACUCACGCUUGAACAAUGUGG